AUGCGUCAAUCCUCCCGCAAGGCUGUGGCUGCCCUUGCAGCGGCCACUACUGCAAGUGCUGCUUCGCUUGCGGACCUCUGCACCGUCGCCAACGUCCAAUCGGCACUGCCCGCCAAUGGAACGCUGCUCGGCAUCGAGCUCCUCCCGUCCAGUGUCACGGCGAGCGCCGUCUACAACGCCACCACCGGCGGUGGCAUGGGGUCCACCACCACCACCAGUUCUGCCACCUACUCUUACUGCAACGUCACCGUCGCCUACACCCGUCCGGGCAAGGAGACUACCGACAACGUUGUCGUCUGGUACGGCUUCCCCAGCCCCAGCGACUUCAAGAACCGUUUCUACGUCGGAGGCGGUGGUGGCUACACCAUCAGCACCAGCGCCACCGGCGGUCUGCCUUACGGCGCCGUGACCGGCACCACCGACGCCGGCUACGAUGGCUUCAGCACCAGCUACGACGAGGUCGUCCUUUACGGCAACGGCUCCAUCAACUGGGAUGCCACCUACAUGUUUGCCUACCAGGCGCUCGGCGAGACGACGCUGAUCGGCAAGGAGAUCACCAAGGGCUUCUACUCCACCAGCGACAAGAUCUACGCUUACUUUGAGGGCUGCUCUGACGGCGGCCGUGAGGCCAUGAGCCAGGUCCAGCGCUGGGGUGAGCAGUACGACGGUGUCGUCGCCGGUGCGCCUGCUUUCCGCUACGCUCAGCAGCAAGUGAACCACGUCUUCUCCGCCACUGUUUUGAAGACUCUGGGCUACAACCCGCCUCCCUGCGAGCUCGAGAAGAUUGUCAACCUGACCAUCGCCGCCUGCGACCCGCUUGACGGCCGCACUGAUGGUGUCGUUUCCCGCACCGACCUGUGCAAGCUGAACUUCAACCUCAACACCACCAUCGGCGAGCCCUACUACUGCGCGGCCGAGAACAGCACCUCUCUCGGCUUCGGCUUCAGCGGCGCCAAGGCCAAGCGCCAGCAGACCACGGGCUCGACGUCGAGCUCCACGCCGGCGCAGAACGGCACCGUGUCGGCCGAGGCUGUCGAGGUUGCCCAGGCCAUCUACGACGGUCUCAUCGGCUCUGACGGCAAGCGCGGCUACCUGUCCUACCAGACUGCCUGCUCGUUCGACGAUGCCUCGACCGAGUACGACUCCAGCACGGGCGAAUGGGAGCUCUCCAUCCCGUCCACCGGCGGCGAGUUCGUGACCAAGUACGUCCAGCUGCUUGACCUCGACAAUCUGUCCAGCCUGGACAACGUCACCUAUGACACGCUUAUCGAGUGGAUGAACACGGCCAUGUUCCGCUACAUGGACAGCCUGCAGACCACCGUGCCCGACUUGACGCCCUUCCAGGAGUCUGGCGGCAAGCUCCUCCACUUCCACGGCGAGUCUGACCCCUCGAUCCCGGCCGGCUCCUCGGUGCACUACUUCGACAGCGUGCGCACGACCAUGUACCCCAACAAGUCGUACAACGAGUCGGUGGAGGCGCUCGGCGACUGGUACAAGUUCUUCCUGGUGCCGGGCGCGGCUCACUGCGGGGCCAACAGCCUGCAGCCCGGGCCGUACCCGCAAAGCAACAUGGACAUCAUGAUCGACUGGGUCGAGAACGGCGUCGCUCCCAGCCGGCUCAACGCGACCGUCAGCUCGGGCGACUACGAGGGCGAGACGCAGAUGCUGUGCAACUGGCCCCUGCGCCCCAAGUGGAGCGGCAACUCGACCGACUUCGAGUGCGUGUAUGACCAACCUGGCAUUGACAGCUGGACCUACACUUUUGAUGCGUUCAAGGUGCCCGUUUACUAA